AAACCCAACAAACCCCUAAAAGAAGAGGGAAAAAAAAAAAAAAUGAGACAAUGGAGAAGCAUAGCGAAAGAAGCCAUAGAUCGAGCUUCCAUUAUCGUUAAAUUCCUUUGCUUGCUACACGUCACCGACGCCUACGUAGUAUCAUCCAACCAUGUUCUGGGUCCUAGUAUGCUCCCAACGUUAAACAUAACCGGCGACGUCGUACUUGUGGAACACUUGUCUCAUCGGAUAGGCAAACUGGGUUCGGGUGAUUUGGUCUUGGUUCGGUCGCCGCUCGACCCUAAUAGGACCCUAACUAAGCGCAUUGUAGCCAUGGAAGGUGAUAGAGUUACUUUAUCGUUAGACCCCACUCGGAGCUUCAGCUCCCGUUCUCUUGUGGUUCCAAAGGGGCAUGUUUGGAUUCAAGGGGAUAACUUGUAUGUUUCACGUGAUUCACGGCAUUUUGGUCCUCUUCCUUAUGGGCUUAUUGAAGGGAAAGUGUUUAUGAGGGUAUGGCCGCCUAACAGCUUUGGUUUAUUGGGUUAAUGAGACAAUACAUUCAAGAAGUGUUGAAAGCCAGUCCACUUAUGUUUUCGGAAACUCAAGAAAAAAAAUAUCUUCUGCCUCUCUCUAAAACUCAAGAAAACCCUAGGCCUUUGCCUUGUGCGACCGGCUCUCCUCAGCCUAACAUCCUCACCCUUAAUCUUUUUUGUUCCGGUUCCUUUUUCCAUUUUCCCUCUGUUUUUCCUUGCUUUUCUUGGAAUAAUAUGAACCCCCGUCCCCCCUGCUUUCCUGCAUGUUUGGCCUUGGUUGGACUUUUGCCAUCAGUCUUGGCUGAUUCUGCUUGAUGGGGACAUUUUUCUACCUUCCACUUGUGGGAGUGGUUUUUAUUCUCUUGCCAAAUCCGCACGAAGGGAGAGAUCAUCUUCCCUCUGAUGUUUGAUGCCACUGUGGUUGCACUCAGGGGCUGAAGGUUGCUGCUAGGUUAGUUGGUUUCCGAUGGUUAGGUCUCCAGGUUUGUCUUUCUGCGCUUUGGGCUGUGGUUGCUGGAGAGCUGUGGUCUCGGUUUUCUUUGCCUUUUGAUUUUCUGCUUUGUGGUUGCAUUGCCCUGCCCUGCCCUGCCCUGGUUUUGUUGCAAGUUUUUGGCUCCUGUCUAGCGAGAGCAGAGGUCUACAGAAAAACGGGAAUCAAUGCUGCAGGGCCUUUGCCCUCAUAGCUGGUGCCCUUGCUCCGGGCUUGAUUCCUCUCCUGUUCUCGCAUUUGAAGGGAUGGUGGCAGCCUUGCUUGUUUACAUAGAGCUGCCUGGGGCUCUGCUUUGGCAUGGGUCUGUUUGCGGCUCUUGUUGGGUGGCUUUAUUGGGGCUGUAGUGCCUGUAUCACUUUUUAAUCUUAAUGAAGUUACCCCUCUGUUCCAAAAGAAAAGAAAAAGACCAUUGAAAGCCAAAAUUUGGCUACUUCCUACUUAUGGAGGCUUAUGGUAUUGGUCCUAGUUAUUGGGGUUUAUUGAUGAAUACCAAA